AUGGGUCUGGGAGUGCGCCAGGAGGGUAGGAGAAACCGUUAUCCACCUACAGAAUCGGUCCGCAGCAAUUUCCCGCCGAAAACGUACUUAAAAUGGCCGCCGCGAGAAAAUUUACAUAGGCGGCGACAUAAACCAAAAUGGCCGCAGCGGCACGUACUGCGCAUGCGCGGCCGUCAGGUAAAGGGGGAAAACCGGCAAAAGAGCGUUCGCGGACCGGAAGAAAACCGCGGAAUAGACCGCGACCAAAACCGUGAGCGGCUAAGGGCAGCCCUGCUGAACCCACACAAAAACGGAAACGAGCAGGGGAAAGAGUCUAACACUACUGAGAGGGGGAAAACCCCAGGGUCCCAGAGACCCCUAUUUAAUAGGCAGCACUCCCAGACACCAGUAUUAAAUAACCAGUAA